AUCAUUCAUUUCAUUUCGUUCGAAGGCGGUGGUAUUCGUUCGUCGCAGUUUUUGUUCGUAUUCAUCGCUUUUCUUCAUACAUAAAUACUUUCAUUACAAAUACGACACGGAGUGUACAUUACAAUCUAAUUAUCCACAGUGAAUGUGUUGUAAGCAUGUCGCUAAUCGUGCAGUGAUUCGGUGUAAUUUAGACACUAAAUUAUCAAGUCCAAAGUGCGUGUUGUUUAAAAUUUAAUAAUUUGUGUUUGUGAUAAUAUUACAUACGUGCCAAAUAUGUCUUUGGAAGAUAAAUUCAACGCUGCGGUCAACGUAAUCCGGAGUUUACCGAAGAGCGGAUCGUACCAGCCGAGCAAUGAGUUGAUGCUUCGUUUCUACAGUUACUUCAAACAGGCCACAGAGGGACCGUGUGACAAGCCAAAACCUGGAUUCUGGGAUGUUGUGAACAGAGCAAAAUGGGAAUCCUGGAACAAACUUGGGAACAUGACAAAAGAAGAAGCGAUGAAGGCGUAUGUGGACGAAUUACACAAGGUCAACCAAGAAACCCUUUUGGAACAAAAGAUUAGUGAGAUAGUUGAAACGAUGUCAUACAACUCGGACGUGGCGUCGUUCCUGUCGGUGGACGACGACAACGCCGACCUGGAGCUGGUGGCCGGAGACAUCCUCGCCAGGGUCCGCUCCGGAGAGAACUCGCCUGUUUUAUCAGGCGCCUCCUCACCCCGCGGCGAGUCGCCGACGCCGGCCCGGCAGCGACACGACUCCGAGGACGAAUACAUAGACACAGUCGAUGUUAGUGUAAGUGACUCUGAAUCAGCGCCGCCCGCGCCGCCGCCGCAGCGACAGACUGCUCCAAGGCUCAGCAACGGACAUGCGCACCAAAUCACAUCGCAACUCACACAUCUGAAGGUACUGGAACAGUUGCCCGGCACGCUGGCGCGGCUCGAGGCUGACGUGGCGGCGCUCAGGAAGGCCGUCGAAGGAGACCGCAGGAUACUCGACCAAGUGUCCCGCGGCUGGCGAUGGCCGUGGCAGGAGCUGAGCGCGCCGACGCUGCUGUUGCUCGUCGUGUGGCCAUUCGUCGCCUACCGGAUCGCGGCGCGGGGGCAGCGCAGGCACACGUAACGUAGCAAAAGCAGCUAAGUAUUAGGUGUAAGGGAUCAUGCGUCACAGUUGACGAGCUGUCACAUAUGCUUGUAACAAUAUAACUACGGAUUACUAUACGUAACCAAAUGUAACAUUUAUAUGUCAUAGUGUAUUCUAUUACCGCUAAAGGACGUCCACUGCUAAAAUAAUCUACAAGACGGACAUUAAAUUGAAAAUUAGUCAUCUGCUUACCCUAUUUUGUUAAAAGGUUGAACGAGAAAUUUGAAUCUAAUGACUAUCCUAUCUUUUUGUUGUCUUGGGUGAGGUGAGAGGGAGUGUCAGACUCUUACUGAUAAAAAAACAACCGCAGAAGUAGGAAUAGUCCUACUUCUCAGUGCCGGCGUUGAGGGGGGGGCGACAUGGGCCGAUGGCCCAGGGCGACAAAGUCUGGGGGGCGCCAAUAAAAUGAAAAACUACUACUAACACUUGAUAUUGCUUCCCUCAAGUGGGCGCCACAAUAUUUUCGCCCGGGGUGUCAGUGGCCCUUACGCCGGCACUGCUACUUCUGCUACCGUAGUAAUAAAAUACGCUAUGAUAUUUUAUUUCGCUUCACAGGCAAUGCAACUGUAAAAUAAAAGAACAUAGGAAUUGUUAUCAACUGUUUCGAAGUAGCUCGAGCGGUUUUGAGCUCGACCGGAGACCGGAGACUUCAAAAUGUCAAAAAUAAUAAUUUCGUAUAACAACUAUCGUGUGACAUAUUAAAUUGAUUAAAAUAUACGUAUUUUUUGAGUUACAGAAAAGCUCGACCAGUUUCAAGUCACAUUGGGGCUCAAAAUCACAAUGAUUCUGCUUGAAAAUAGCUAGUUACAUGUUGUAUGAUACAUUAUGUGUUGCAAGUUGCAUUGUCUGUGUAGCGCCUGUAUAAAAACUUGUAUGUAUGUAUGAUUGUAUAGGACAGUCCAUUAAAAAGUUUGAGUUGAUUAUUAUUCAAAUUUUUAAAAUAA